UCUGGAGAGGGUAGUUAUCACAAUUUCCCUUUGCAACUUCAUUUCCCCAAAUCAUUAUUUACCCAACUCUCCCUCUCUUCCUUCUUCCCUGAUUCAAACCCAACCUUCCUCUCCUCUCUCUCUCUGUCUAAUUUCCAUCUUUCUUUCCAUAUUAUCUCUUCCUUCUUCUUUGUUUGAUUUCAGCAGUCGUUGCUGCAUCCUCUCCCUUUGGGAAGUGGGGAAGAAUGUGUGGAACACAAUGAACCACGAGCCCACCAAAGUUUCGGCAGCAGUGACCAUUUUUCAAGUUAAAUUAUUGAUGCUCACAACUUGCAUUGGGAAAGAGGUGAAUUCCUUAUGUGCUACUGUUUGCAGCGCCAUCAGCAUAUAAGGAUCAAAUUGAAGAGGAGAGAGUGAAGAGAUGGUUCCCAGAUUUCUAAUUCAGCGGCUAACACCAUAUUUGGGAGCACAUAUCCGAAAGAACCAAAGGCUUCUUAGCUCUUCUGUUUCAGCCUAUCAAGAAGCCUCUUCUUCGUUGAUAACUCCAUCUGCGGGCAUUGAUACAAUUCACAUGUCAGAUAACUGCAUUCGGAGAAUGAAAGAAUUGCAAGAACCCAUGGAAGAAAAGAUGCUUCGGUUGAGUGUAGAAAAUGGGGGAUGUUCUGGGUUUCAAUAUGUUUUCAAUUUGGAUGACAAAACCAAUCCAGAUGACAGGGUGUGUGAGAAGGAAGGAGUUAAAUUGGUAGUUGAUAACAUCUCAUAUGAUUUUGUAAAAGGAGCAACAAUUGAUUAUGUUGAGGAGCUGAUUCGUUCCGCUUUCAUUGUGACCACAAAUCCAAGUGCUGUUGGUGGCUGUAGUUGUAAAAGUUCUUUUAUGGUGAAACAAUAAUCAUCACAAAGCUCUUCUCAGGAAGGCAUAGAAGCAAUAACCAAAACUCUGACUUGAAGAUAUAAUGGAUUUGUUUAUCACUUGGUUGGUUCAGUUGAUAAGGCUUUUUGUCCAUUCCGAUAAUUUUUGUAUCAUGUGCCGCUUUUAUAUUACUUGAGAACUUCAUACUUCAUUCUUUGUUGCACUUAAUCAUGAUGGAUUUUAUUACAAGAGAGUUGCAUUGGAUAAUAAAAUAUACUUGUAUAUUUGCAAGUCUUUUAAAAUUA